AUAGCACCGAAACAAGCCGAACGAAAGUGUCAGGUUGACCUACUUCCGUUCAGGUAUUUUAACUCCGUCACUGCAACGUACCGAUAGAACAGCCUCAGAAUGCCGGGCACGAUCAAAGCUGCCGCUUCGUUCAACGCGGAUACUUCUGCCCAGCAAUUGGACAAGGCUAUACGAGGUUGGGGUACGAACGAGUCUGUGAUCAUCAAUCUGCUGACCAGUCACUGUAGCAAGCAGAGACUGGAAAUCAAAGCCGCUUACCAGAAAAGCACAGGCAAGAACCUGGAAGCUGACUUAAAAGCUGACCUUGGAGGGGAUUUUGAGAAGGCGGUCUUGGCUAUGUUCUUGUCCCCCGCGGAAUAUGACGCCCAAGAGCUGAACAGAGCUAUGAAGAGGUUAGGAACAAAGGAGAGAAUAUUAGUAGAGAUUCUGGGGACGAGAAAGAACGCAGAAAUUGCAGCUAUAAAGGCAGCUUACAAGGCAGCCUAUUCAGUGGAGCUGGAGGCUGACAUCAGAUCAGAGACGAGUGGAGAUUUCCGGGAGCUUCUCCUAACACUCUGCACUGGUUCUCGGGAAGAGACAAAAACUGCCGAUGCUCCACGUGCGGACGCCGAUGCUAGGCGGUUAUAUAGCGCUGGAGAAAAACGAUUGGGUACGGACGAGACAGUGUUCACAGACAUUCUCUGUCAUCGGAGCUUUCAUCAGCUGAAGGCGACCAUCGAAGCUUACAAGAGAGUGGCUGGUCAUGAGAUCGAGCAAGCCAUCGAAUCGGAAACAAGCGGCGAUCUCAAGGAAGCUUACCUGGACAUAGUCAAAAUAGGUCGAAACUCUGGACAGUACUUCGCAGAGCGGUUACACAAGUGUAUGGCUGGCCCGGGAACACGUGACCAAGACCUUAUGAGGAUCCUCGUUACACGUAGUGAGGUUGACAUGGAAGAAAUCAGACUGGCUUACAAAGGCACGUAUUCUGUGACGUUAGCAGACGCCAUUAGAGGUGAUACAAGCGGAGACUACAAAAGCCUGCUGAUUGCAAUUCUGGGAUAAAUACUCAUUGGUCUCUUUCACAGUCAUACACAGUGUUUAGUUGGUGGAAGAUUCAUGGAGUUUUGACCCUAUUGUCUCAUGACAGUCUGACAAUGCUUUGUUUUAAUGUCAUUAUGCUUUAAUCUUUGUGUCCCUACGCCUGUUAGGCCUUGAGUUAGUCAGUUUGAAGGCAAUCGCACACUUUUAAUAAAUUGGGUGUACCUACUUCAUGUAUAUAAAGUUCCAAAAUGCAGGUUCAUACUUGAACAGCUUUAACACAAUAUGAUACACACUUUCUGAUCAUGAAGAAAAUAAAUAGAGUUAAACUGCC